GCAAUCUGGCAAGAGGCGCACCGACUGCAACCUGAACAACUAUCCAUCCGCUGAGGAAUUCCACCAUCAACCCUGGGCCUCCACGGCUCUAGCUUUCUUUCUCUGUUGAGCUUGCGGUGCUUAACCUUGACCAUUCGCGUUUAAUACAUCUCAAUUGCUUUUCUCCAGUGAGGUUUCUCAAACAAAGUACCCCACGACACCGCCGUCGUCCCCGCCCCGAGUCAAUCCACAACACUCUCGCCGCCAUGGUCCGGCUGAGAGAGAUCCCGCGGACCGCGGCCUUUGCUUGGUCGCCCGGCACAAGCCCGUUCCUGGUUACCGGCACCAGGUCAGGUGCAGUCGAUGCCGACUUCUCGGACGAGACCAAGUUGGAGCUAUGGGAUCUGAAUCUCGACGCUGUCGACCAGGGGCUCGAGCUGCAACCGAUCGCCAGCAUCAGUACCGAGUCCAGAUUCUACGACAUAGCAUGGGGGGCUGCAAGUGACGAGCAUCCGCGAGGCGUCGUUGCCGGCGCAAUGGAGGAUGGUUCGCUACAGCUGUGGGAUGCCGCGAAGCUUCUCGCUGGCGAAGAGGCUCUCAUGUCGCGCGAUACUAAGCACACUGGCCCGAUCAAGGCGCUGCAGUUCAAUCCGUUGAGGCCGCAGGUCCUCGCUACGGCCGGCGCCAAAGGCGAGCUAUUCAUUUGGGACAUCAACGAUACCUCGACCGCCUUCCGGCUCGGCACGGCCGCAGCCCACGAUAUCGACUGCGUAGCUUGGAAUCGCAAGGUUUCGAACAUCUUGGCAACAGGCAGUGCCGGCGGUUUUGUUACGGUGUGGGAUCUGAAGACUAAGAAGGCUUCGUUGACGCUCAACAACAACCGGAAGCCCGUCAGCGCCAUUGCUUGGGACCCGAACAACUCCACAAACCUCCUGACUGCUACGUCAGAUGACAACACGCCGGUCAUCCUCUUAUGGAACCUGAGGAACUCCCAGGCACCCGAGAGGACCCUCCAAGGCCACGAUCAGGGCAUUCUGUCACUGUCGUGGUGCCAGCAGGAUCCUGGCCUUCUGAUCUCCUGCGGCAAGGACAACAGAACGUUGGUAUGGAACCCGCAGACUGGGGAGCGAUAUGGAGAGUUCCCCGAGGCCACCAACUGGACGUUCCUGACGCGCUUCAACCCCGGCAACCCGAACCUCAUGGCCACUGCCUCGUUUGAUGGGAAGAUCACUAUUCAGACCUUGCAGAACACAAACCCUUCUGCCGUGCCCGCGGCACAGACCAGCAUGGAUGACGAUGACUUCUUCUCCAAGGCCCCAACCCAGCUACAAGGAGCAUCAUUCUCUCUUACCAGAGCGCCCGUGUGGCUCGAGCGGCCAGUCGGUGUCUCCUUUGGCUACGGCGGUAAGCUUGUCAUCUUCAGGAAGAGCGACACUGCAGCCGGCCAGCCCAGAUCCUCCAAGAUCCAAAUAUCCGGUUUCUCCGUCGAUUCAGAUAUUGGGUCCGCCACCGAGAAGUUUGAGGAGGCUUUCAAGAACGGAGAUAUCGCCGGCAUUUGCGACUCUCAUGUGGCCGAGGCAAAGACCGAUGAGGAGAAGGCUGAUUGGCAGGUCUUGAAGACUCUCAGUGAGUCAGAUGGACGCACCAAGAUACUCGAAUACCUCGGAUUCGGCAAGGAUGAGGGCAGUGCCACGGAGGAGGCGGGUGAGUCUGCAAAGGAGGAAUCCAAGGAGGAGCCAAGGGAGGAAUCAAACGAGGCUGGACUACUUGCGCCGCCACAAGCCAAUAGCGUCGACGCAGCCAAGAAGAAGCACAAGCGUGUGACGAGCAUGUGGGGCGACGUCGACGAAGGCGACGACUUCUUGUCUGAUCUCGCCCCGGCUAAGGGAGCCAAAACAGAUGACCCUUUCCAAUUGUUGGGCGAGGGCAACGCGGCUGAGGACGGUAUCACUAAGGCCAUCAUUAUGGGCAAUUUCGAAAAGGCAGUCGACAUCUGCAUGAAGGAGGAUAGGAUCGCCGACGCAUUUAUCCUUGCGAACUGCGGUGGGAAGGAUCUCGUCGAGAAGGUGCAGACGGCAUAUCUCGCGCAGAAGAAGGGCAGGCCGAGCUACCUGCGCCUCGUCAACUCCAUCAUCGGCAAGAACCUCUGGGAUGUUGUGUAUAAUGCGGACCUCGGCAAUUGGAAGGAGACAAUGGUCACGCUCUGCACCUUCGCUGAGCCUUCCGAGUUCCCCGAUCUCUGCGAAGCUCUUGGCGACCGCAUCUACGAAUCAGGCUCGAGGAGAGACGCUUCCUUCUGCUAUCUUGUCGGCUCGAAGCUCGAGAAGGUGGUGGACAUCUGGAUUGCCGAGCUCCAAGAAGCGGAACAGGCAGGUCUCAACGAAGCCAGCAACGACUCCGGCUUCUCGAUCCAUGCCCGAUCGCUGCAGCACUUCAUUGAGAAAGUCACGGUUUUCCGUCAUGUCGCGAAGUUUACAGACACCGAGAAAGACCUCGCUGAGGGCUGGAAGCUUGUGUCUCUGUACGACAAGUACACCGAGUACGCGGAUAUCGUUGCCGCGCAGGGCCACCUGGCUGUCGCGCAGAGAUAUCUUGACCUGCUCCCCAACAGCUUUCCCGCUGCUGAAGUGGCCAGGAACCGCGUCAGACUCGCUACCCAGAAGGCCGCUCCAGUGUCCCGCACGCCUUCCCGUGCUGCUGCCCCAAUGGGUUAUCAGCAGCCGGCGACGAUCCCUCCGGUCGGGCCCAGCCCCUUGAACCCAUAUGCGCCGCCUGUCCAGGCCCAAGCUCCUGCUCCAGCAGCGAAUCGCUACGCGCCGCCCUCGACAAACCCAUACGCGCCCUCCGGAGCCUCUGCGUACGCGCCCGCCGCGGGAUAUGCACCUUCGCCUCCGGCAGCCGGAGGCUAUGGAGCACACCAGCCCACAUUUGGGCAACCAGGAACACAGGUCCCUCCACCGCCGAGAAGCACUGGGCCCCCGCCUAAGAUCAACAAGGAAGCUGGCAACUGGAACGAUGUGCCCAUGGUGACCAAACCUCCCGUGCGCAGGACGACACCGAGCGUCGCAGCCAUGACAUCUCCGUUCCCAGGCCAAGCAGGAUUGCAAAGUCCUCCACCCGUAGGACCGUAUCAGCGGAGCGUGCCCACUCCACCCCCACCUCCCCCUAAAGGGUCAGCGCCUCCUCGAAACGUAACGUCGCCGCCUGUCGGGCCUCCGCCGGCUGGGCAGCAGCCCGUGCGGUCAGCCUCGGUAACAUCGAACGCUUCGACCAACCCUUAUGCGCCCCCGCCCCCGCCGGCAACCGGGUUACCGUCGCCGAUGGUACCCCCACCCGCCCCGCGGACCGCCUCUCCAUACAACCCUCCUCCUGCGGCCGCGCCGCCGUCGAAUAGGUACGCGCCAGCGCCAUCUGGCCAACCCUAUGGUCCAGGGCCCACGUCUACCCCAUUGGCGCUGCCGCCGGCGAACCCAUAUGCUCCCCCGCCGGCCGCUCAGCCUAUGGCUCCACCUCCUCAACAGUAUGCAGCUCCCCCGCCACAGGCCUUCCGCCCCCCCGUAGGCCCGCCGCCGACAUCAGCGCCUCCUCCGGCUGCUGGAGGGCCCCCGCCGGCCGCCAGAGCACCGCCGGCGCAGACGCCGCCACCGCCGAAGGCUGCCGCAUCGGCCCCGCAAGCGCAGAGACAUCCCCCCGGCGACCGGUCGCACAUUCCGGCUAACGCAAAACGGAUGGUGGAGGUCUUGAGCCAGGACAUGCAGCGGGUAGCGUCCAAGGCGCCGGCGACGUUUGCGCCGCAAGUCAAGGACACGCAAAAGCGGCUGGGCUUGCUGUUUGAUCACCUCAACAAUGGGGACCUAGUGAAGCCCGACACGAUCGAGCAACUGAACAAUAUUGCCGAGGCGAUUGCCGGCAGGAACUAUGACGUUGCGUCGAGGAUCCAGAUGGAGAUCUUCACGCACAAAACGGAGGAGUGCGGACAGUGGAUGACCGGCUUGAAGAGGCUGAUCAGUAUGAGUAAGGCUACGCCUUGAAGGGGCGCUUGAGGUUGUGUAGGAGAGUGAAAGCUGGGAGAUGGUAUAUGCUUUAUGUUAGCUAAGACUACCUAGACUGUAGGCAUGCGAAGAGAAAAUGCACUCAGGCCGACUUGGAUUGGUUCCGACUGUGUUGGGAUUUGGGUGAAGAUGUUGUGGCUUGGUGUUAACGCUAAUGUCCUUUGGUAAGUCAUGGUAAGGUAGACAGCUGGA